GAAACAGUACAGAUUUUGCAUUUUGUAUCAUUCUUGUAGGUUCAGGAUCUUUAUCAACAUGGCGACCAGAGCUGAAUAUCAUCUGAAACAAGAAGAGGAAGAGAGCAUGCCGGGAGAACAGGACUCUCCGUGUACACACCACAAGUGCAGUGAAUGUGGCAAUGAUUUUUCCUGUGUGCAAAGUCUGAAUCGACACCUGCGAACUCACACCGGCGAGAGACAGUACAUGUGUGGUGAAUGCGGGAAACGGUUUAGCAGACUUGAUGUUUUAAAGACACACAUACGGACUCACACAGGGGAGAAACCCUACAGAUGUGAGGAGUGCGGCGGAAUGUUUAGUGAGCUGAGUAAGCUGAAGAGACACAUGAGGACUCACACAGUUUAUAAACCAUAUAGCUGCGAUGAGUGCACCAAGCAGUUUCAGUCGGCUUUGUAGUCUGAAUGAACACAAGAGAACUCACACUGGUGAGAAGCCGCACAAAUGUGAGGAAUGCAGCAAGCAGUUCAGUAGGUUGUCAAAUCUAAAGAUACACAUACAGACUCACACUGGUGAGAAGCCGUACAGAUGUGAGGAGUGCAGCAAACAGUUUAGUAGAUUGUCAGAUCUAAAGAUACACAUACGGACUCACACUGGUGAGAAGCCGUACAGAUGUGAGGAGUGCAGCAAACAGUUUAGUAGAUUGUCAGAUCUAAAGAUACACAUACGGACUCAUACUGGUGAGAAGCCGUACCGAUGUGAGGAGUGCGGCAAACAGUUCAGUGAUAGGGCCAAAUUAAAAACACACAUACGGACUCACACUGGUGAGAAACCGUACCGAUGUGAGGAGUGUGGCAAACAGUUUAUCCAGCGGGCACAUCUAAAGGCACACAUGCGUACUCACACUGGUGAGAAACCGUAUUAGUGUGAGGAGUGCAGCAAGUUCUUUUUUCUUUAGUUAGCGGUCACAAGACUCACAAGAAAUGAAAACGUUCAUCACUUAAAUGAUGCGAUGAGUCAAGUACUUGCUAACAUUCAUAUAAAAGAAGUUUGUCUCUGUGUGGGAAGAUUGUAUCAUGGGGAUCUGUAGGGAAAACCCACAUAAACGAAACUUGUGAUUUUUUUUCACUAGAACUGUUUUAAAUGUCAGUUCUGUAUUUUAGGGAUCAAAAUGAUCACCUAUGUUUUUUCCCUUUUUUCAUUUUAGUAACGUUCUUUCUUGUAGCAUGCACAAUAAAUAUUUCACUAGAUUGCACCAAAUUUAUCACGAGUCUUGCUUUGAUCUGUUAAUAAGAAUUAAUGAAUGAAUAAUAUUGGGUAAAAUCAUGGUGAGUCUGGACUAAAACUUUAAAUGAAGUAGAGUUACAUGGUAGUGCAGCAGUCGUUAGACGUCAAACAUUAAUGCUAAUAAAGAACAUAGUUAUCAUGUUAUCAUUUCGUUUUAGUUAUGGACGUUCUACUUUUUGUCUUCAUAUUUGAUUAGCUGUUGUAAAUAUUUUAGUUAAAUUUUAGUAAUGUUUUACUUUUAGAUUACGAAACAUUUUAGACUUAA